AUUUCUGACAAAAAAAAAAAACAACAACAAAAUUAAAUUAUUGUUUUCGACCAUUUCGGACGCGUCCAAAUUCAAAAUAAAAGUUCAACCAGAAUCCGGCCCUUCCGCUCUACGUUCCCUUGUGAUAGUUGUUUAUGUUAUGACGUUCUCCUAGUGUUAUCAUUUUUAUUAUUAUUAUUUAUUUUGUUUUAAUUUGUAAUAGACCGUUCCGUUCGCCAUUAUUUCUUUGGUGGAGUGCCCGCUGGACUAGAUACACCACGUCGGACAGACCGUUUCGGAACGAAUCAACCGUGCGGGGCUUAGUGAAUUUAGUUAGUAGUAGUGUUUCACCGAAUUGCCGCACCAGUACUCUGUUCCAUUAGAAUCAGUUCGUGUUUUUUUUUUUAUUAUUUUUGUUGGUUCGGAAAGAUGGAAAAGUUCCAGGAGCAGCACGACGACGACCAGGACCAAGUGUUCGAGGCUGAAGACCCCGAGCCCAGCCCCAUUUCAAAAAUCAUAAUAUCAAAUUUGGACCCCUCUAAAAAAUUCGGAGACAUCGAAGAGCUGCUGGCGCGACAUGGACGGGUCAUCAAUUGUGAUAAACUUACAUCCAAAGACCCGACCACGCAGACGGUCCAGGUCAUCUACGAAACUCCGGAGCAAGCGCUUGAAGCUGUGAAUCAAUUGAACGGGUAUGAAUUAGAUGGUAGGCCGCUGAAAGUAGAAUUAGCCGAACGAAAAAGUCGAAAAGGUCCGAGGGGUCCAGGUGCUCCGUUCGGGGGACUCCCAGGACAAAGUCGACAGACUGACUUCCCUCUUAGAAUACUUGUACAAAGUGAUAUGGUAGGGGCUAUAAUCGGAAGACAGGGCUCAACGAUCAGGCAAAUCACCCAACACACCAGAGCUAGAGUGGACGUCCACAGGAAGGACAAUGUGGGCUCGCUGGAGAAGGCCAUCACCAUCUACGGUAAUCCCGAGAACUGUACGAACGCCUGCAAGAAAAUACUGGAAGUUAUGCAGCAGGAGGCGAACAACACCAACAAAGGUGAAAUCUCGCUGAAGAUCCUGGCGCACAACAAUCUGAUCGGACGCAUCAUAGGAAAAGGCGGCAACACCAUUAAGCGAAUCAUGCAGGAGACCGACACCAAAAUAACCGUUUCAAGCAUAAAUGACAUAAACUCAUUUAAUUUGGAACGGAUUAUUACGGUCAAGGGCGUGAUUGAGAACAUGAGCAAGGCGGAGGCGCAGAUCAGCGCCAAGCUGCGUCAGAGCUACGAGAACGAUCUGCAGGCGAUGGCGCCCCAGACCAUGAUGUUCCCCGGGUUGCAUCCGAUGGCCAUGAUGGCAACGGCAGGUAUAGGUUAUGGAUCUCGCGGUCUCUACACAGGUCAGGCACCGUAUCCAGGCAUGUAUCCGGCCAGCACAUCCCAAGCGGGCGACACCCAGGAAACAACGUUCCUCUACAUCCCGAACAACGCGGUCGGCGCCAUCAUAGGCACGAAGGGCUCGCACAUCCGCAACAUCAUCCGUUUCUCGGGCGCCAGCGUCAAGAUCGCCCCGAUCGACGAGACCAAGCCGCAGGAGACGCAGAACGAGAGGAAGGUCACCAUCCUCGGCUCGCCCGAGGCCCAAUGGAAGGCCCAGUAUUUGAUAUUCGAGAAGAUGCGUGAAGAGGGCUUCGUAGCCGGCUCGGACGACGUGCGACUGACCGUCGAGAUAAUGGUGCCCAGCUCGCAGGUCGGCCGCAUCAUCGGCAAGGGUGGACAGAACGUCCGGGAGUUGCAGCGGGUGACCGGCAGCGUCAUCAAGUUGCCCGAGCAGGGCGCCGCCCCCACCGAAAACGAAACCACCGUACAUAUCAUCGGUCCGUUCUUCAGUGUUCAGUCCGCCCAGAGGCGCAUCCGUGCGAUGGUGCUGCAGUCGGUGGUGCCGCCGCAGGGACGUCCCCGCCAGCCCAAGCCUCCGAAGGACCAACCCGGACAGUCCGGCGAGUCUUCGCAGAGCCAAGAACAAUAGUGACGUCAUCCAACAUUCAAACAUUUACACUGCCUUGUGCAUGCGAUCUUGCAUACCAACAACCGACAAACAAACAAAACUAAUUAUAAAAUCGCGCGACUCGAGGCCUUCCUCCGCUCGUCUACGUAUACAUUAUACACGUUACUUCCAAAAACCGGAAACCGGACGCCAUGGACGUUGUUUUUACUGUAUGUUAGGUGUAGUGGGAAGUUGUCGAGCGAACCGACACGGUAUCAACAUGCACAAAAUCAAUCUACCUCAGGAAAUCAAAAAUAUAUUAGAUUUAAAGCUAUACAAAUUUUCCGUUUUACGCAGCAACCAACCACAGUAACCUCAUCAAAAUAACACAAAACACCAUUUUUUAGUUUCCUUCGCAGACCACAUCAAUUGUUUUUCAAUUAUUCUUAUGAAAAAAAAAAGUAUCUACUACUUACCUGAUUAACAAGGACUACCAAAGAUGAACUAAUCUAAAAAUAAAACAUCCUUCAAUAAAACACAAGUCACCCCUAUCGGAUAAUCAGGAAAAGCAAGCAAAAGCAGUCACCGUUAUUCAUCUGAAGAGUCCCCCACAACAUUAAAAAGCGUUACAUCAAAAAACUGAAAACUAAAAGCAAGUUCCUCUGCAGAAUCUGUAGCAUGAGAUGCAGCCUAACACAAAACCGACCGACGACUGUCUGCAUCUUAUACUACUAGUUAACGUGGCUGUUGAAUUCUCAAGUGUGAAUGUGAGAUAAAAGAGCUUUAAGAAUUUUUUUUUUUAUUAAUUAUUUUAGUCUCGUGAGAUUCGUGCCACAGUGUUCCGCAAGUGAGUGCCGCGACAUGAUUCGUAUCGAUCAUAAAAAUAUGGAGAAAAAAAAAUGGAUGAAAACAAAAAAAACGAAGCGAAGAAACUUUUAUUAAAUAUAGAUAGAGUGUGAAUGUGAAACUUUUUAACUAUUCAUAUUGUUUUAGGAGAUUGUUGAAACAAUGUUCGAUUGUUUGAUAGGUUUGACGGUCCGGUCCCCCUUAAAUUAUUAUUUGUUACGGGAGCGGGGGGGACCGUGCCACCGUCGAGCGGUAUAGAUUGUUGCUAAAUACUAAAUAAGACGUGUAAGGAUGCGUCGGCCCCAACAACCGUUCGCCGCGUCCCAGCCGGAGGACACCUCCGUUUAAUUAUCAGUUAGUUGCUCACAGUGUGAAGUUAUUCAGCCGAAUUUUAUUACCUAGCUUCACGUGGGCGUUGGACUUGUAAACACUUAAUAAAUUUAGUUACAGUACACACUAUUUUAAUUUCGUAAGGUCUCGGCUUGACUCGGGGGUGAACUUGCCGCCAGGUGGCGGCUUCGCUUCGGGUUAAGUCGUGGAUAACAUCAAAACUUGUAAGUGCCGAUUAAACACGUAGCUUAGCUACGUUUUACACUGCCAGAUUCACCGUAAGCCUUCGAAGAACAUUUCCGAGGUUGCGACUAAGCUAAUGGUUGUUGUCGUCGACGAUUAAAGGCUUUUAGAGCCUUCGUGCGGUCCGAUGCCUUGUGUCAAGGUCGACCGUCUACUCUGAUAGUACAAACUUGGGAGGUAUAUUGGAUCUUCGUGCCCUCCGGUUUUAGAACCGGAUAAGUAUGUAAAAAAUAUUUUUGAUAAAAAUUAUUUGUUGGGGAGGAUAUUUUUUGUUAGAUAAAAAAAUGAAAAAUUAUUGACACGCUGGGGUCACUAUUUUUAAAUUAUUAAAAAAACGAAUAUAAAAUUAUUAUAAAGAUAUAUAAAAUUUAUUGUGUAUAAAAGAAAAUUUAAUUUAUUUGUACAGAUUUAUAGUGUGCCAAAGUGCAAGGAGGUUACCAGAAAAGAUUUGUUUAUAAAAAUGUUAGGUAAAAAAGGGUACAUAUAUUUAUGCUGGCAUCAUCAAAUUUUAGCACUUAAGCCCAUUACAUUCGGGAACCAACACACAAUAUGUAUAUCUACACAAUCAGAUUUUGUACAAAUUUAAAAUGACUCCAAGUACAAAAAGCUUCUAACAAUAAAAAAGACAACUGUCGGAUCAUUUUAGUUCAUAGAAUGUACCUCGUCUAAAGCCAACGUCAACAUCACCCAGCAAGUAAAUUCCGAAUUAUCACUCUAUUAUUAAUUACCUUAAUUAAUUCUGUAAAAGUCACAUAAGUACACAAUUGGAUUAUUAAUUUAAAACCCUUAAUGUUGACGUUUCUUUUAGACGGGGCCGAAUACAAGGAGAUAUCGUUCAAACAUUUCGAUCAAUUAUUGAAUUCUAACACACACAUUAUCUCAAGCCCCCAAAGUGAAUUUACCUUUCUUCUCCAAAAAAAAAAUAUGUUAAAUUCAAAUCACAUCAUUCAAAUUUCACCGAUAAAAUCCAACCCAAUAUGACUAUUACUGUUAAAACACAAAAAACCAGGUUGGGCCAUUCGAUGCACUAUCUUCAUCCAGUAUUUUUUAACGUGUCGCAUCUUGCUGAUGUCACAGACUAAAAUACCCAAACUAAAAGUAAAUCCGACAGUGCAUCGACUGGUCCAGCCGCAUCGACAAGAACAGCUUUUACAUAAUUAGACGUAAAUCUGAAUAAUCUAAGCUGUAGCAUGCAAAAAAAAAAACCAAAACGAAUUGGUUUCAAUAUCAAUUUUUGUAUUUCAAGUUUUUAUAAUUAAAAACACAUAUGUUAUGGUAUUACGUGCCUAACCCAUAUACGGAACCGUGCCCAGAUCAAUUUUGAUCGAAAGAUUGCACUCGAUUUAUAUAUUAUAUAUUUUAAACAGUCCACAAACAGGAAAAAACAGGCGCCUCAAACAUUAAUUAAAUUUAUUUAUUACGUGGUCUGUUUUUUCCCAGUUAGCUUUGUGGCCAGGAGUUAUUUAGAUGUUGUAUAGUAGUUAAAUGGGCAUUAUUUAAAGUUCAGAGGUGUUUUCAGAGUCAAUCUUUUGUGAAUUCUGUUUAAAUUUGUCAAUAUUCAAUUUAGUUCGCAUCAAAAUUGUUCAGGUGCGGUCGUUAUCUAUAGUUAUAGUUUUUUUGAUUUAAAUCAUUGCAUUAUUCUUUCUAAGUUUUAGACUAAAAAAAAACUGAUUUCAAGCAAACCAUAGUUACAAUAGACAAAACACGUUACGGUUUACAUGAAAUCAACAUAAACGAUAGCAUAAAAAUAUAUGUAAUUUGGUAUUUUUAUAGUUUUUUUUGAAUAUACAUUUAUUUGUGAAUCACCAUAGUUUAUAGUACAUGUUUUUCACUAAAGCUGGAUGGAGACUGACGUGCAAACCAGCCAUAUUUGUAGAAUUAGUAACUUAGCAUCGGAUAACUGUACCAGAUUAUGAUAUCAAUCGAAGAAUGGUCAAACUGCACAAUAGUUUUCAACGCUAAAAGAAAAUAACGCUUUUGCCCUCGAGUGUCGUACACUAUCCGAUCUAAGACGUAAACUACCUCAGUAAUUAAUUAAUAUAUUUCUAUAACUUAAUAUGUUGUUCAUGUUUUUGGGUAUCAAUAUAAGUUUAUAUAUCUGGUGAAUGCUAUUUGUACAACAAAAAAUCUUAUUUAGUGAAUAUAGGAUUUAAAAAAAAUUUGUGUCAGUGUGCCAUUUGUUUUUGUAUGUUAAUUGUAAUUGAAUAGGCUUCGUACAACUGCAAACAAAGCGUUACAUAUUGAAUUAAUAUAGAUAGAUUAGAUAACAAACGAAAAAAAACAUCAACAUCUACAAUGUUGUUCAUAAAUUUAAGAUAACAUAAACAAUUAAAUGUUUUCUCAGGAAAUAUAUCUCAGGUUUAUAAGUCACAUAACAUCUGUCCUGGUAUAUCCACCAGCAUUCAAGUUUGGAUUGCCUUAAUAUUGACUUACUGCUAUUUUAGCCAGGGUUAAUAGUUAAAUAAGAAACCAUAGAUUUUAAUAUUUGUUGUUAUAAAGAUAUGUAGAUGAUGAUGGCUAUUUCUGUUUCAACUCGUGCAGCAUUUAGAACGCAUUGGUGCUAGAUAAUCCACUUUUUCGUUCAGGUAACAAAUAAAAUUCAAAAUUUCAAAGCAAGAUUCUAUUUACUGCAUGAACUGAAAAAAACUUGGUUUCAAGAGCAAACUCCGAAAAUCCACGAGCCAGGUUUAUCAAAUCUUUUGCAUUCUCUCUGCUAGUAGCUCUUUUGGUAUUCUGCGUGUGGGUAGGAACGCAUUCCCAGAGUCUAAUUUGGCAAUUACUAACGAUUUUCAGUUACGUCCAUUGACCCAAAUUUUCUCUGCGGAUCAGGUUUCCCUCCAUGUUAUUCGAAAUAUUAAAAAAAAAAUGUUUAUUGUGUCUAGGCUAAUCGAAAAGUACGAUUGAAGUGAAAAUUUCCGCUAAAAUCCGUCUCUUUCAUAGAUUUGUUAAGCUGAGCGAAUGUAUAAAAUUAAGAGUGUCAUGUAUUGCAUGUAAAUAUGUUUUUUGGAAGAAAUAGCUAUUUGUAACGUUCAGUUUUAAAUGUGUUUUUCGAGAUGGCAUACUUGAAUUCAAAAAUAUUUAUGUUCCAAUUGUCCAAAUACUUCAGUUAAAUAAAUAGUGUUCCCUUAAGAA